AUGGUGAGCGCAUUUAUACUGAUAAAGUCGACGUCAAUCCAAGAGCAGUCAUCCUCGGGAGCGGCGUCUCAACAGAAGGUCGAGUACGACAGUCGUGUGAACCAGAGUUCGGGCGCUUAUAAGACAUACUCGGUGUCAGACGUCUCGCACGGCAGCAAAGAGUCGACAUCGAGUUCGAGCUCUUCUCGAGGACUCAGUCGUCAGGCGUUUAAUAGUGAGAAUCAGUCAGUUUUGGCGCAGACAUCAAAUAGGAGUGAUUGGAGUGAUAGGAGUGCGCACAAAGACAAACAGCCAGUGCAGCCAUCAGUGUCUACUGUGUCAUCAGUACAGCAACACAUCAGUCAUCCAACACAAGAGUCACCACAAGUGUUACAAAACAAGCACAAGACUAGGCCUGAGACAGCGCAACAGUGGUCGGGCGCCCACACCCCCAACCAGACCAACCAUACCUCUAAUGCAGGGCCUGUCCAUCAAAACAGCACACAUUCAAGCGCUGGAAGUGUUCGCAACGACAGCAGUCUUAAGACUCAAGUAACCAACUCUAAGGAUAAGAUAAGCCGCGAAUCCAGUGGUACGAGUGGUACGAGUGCUGUCGCCUCCAAGAGUACGUCCAAAAUGCCUAAAGUUAAGGACAGCAAAGGCGGCGAUACUUUUGACUGUAAG